AUGCGAGAAUCUGCCCGAGAUAUUCGUCUGCGGCCAGGAUUACUUUUGGCAUGUAAAACCGAAGCCGAAACCUAUUGCUUGGAUGAACUGAAGAAGCUGAAGAUGCCACAAUAUGCACAAAAAAUGCUGGAAGGCGUCGUUGUUGGUUGUCUACGAGAGAAGUACCGUGAAUCAGCUCAUAAUCGUAUAGAACUUGGAGCACAGUGCAAAGCUGAGGUGAAUGGUGUAACCAGACGAAAAGCAUUGUGCGAAGCAGAAUUUGAUCCUCAGCUCGAUCCACCGUUGUAUCACGCUUGCCAAGAGACAAUCAAGUUGCACUGCUCUUCAGCGAUAAUUCAGCAUAGCGGUGGUUUCGAUACCAUACUGGACUGCCUGAAAGCCGAUUUCCACAAAGGAGCUAUCGCAGAUGCAGAUUGUAAUAAGCAGAUAGCACGUCGUGUUGAAGAGACGAUGAUCGACAUCCAUCUCGAUCCACCACUUCUAGAAGCCUGCUCAAUCGAUAUGCAACGUCUAUGUCGUGACGUUGUUCCAGGACAUAGUCGAGAUAACCUAGGACAAGCUUAUGUUAACGCUUUCACCAAUGCUAUGACCUCUGUUUUUACAGUAAUUAUGGUGGCUUGA